AUGGAGCGCCGCAGUGAAUGGGUGGCGUCGCUGCGCUCCACGUUGCCGCAGUUUAGCAAGCGUUCCGCCGCGCCAGUGGAGCGUGGGCACGCCGCUGCCGUUCUCGGCCCUGCACCCCGACGCACUCUGGACGAAGCCGUUAGCUCUCACAACACGUCCUCUUUGCUGUUGCCAUCCAAGUGGCGUGAGCAGGCCACGCAGCAGCUCAUCACCACCCUGCAUGGCAUCGUACCGCCGCUGCAGGUGCAGCAGACGGAUUACUUUCUCUGCUCCCUCAUCCACCCCUCCUAUGUGCAAGUGAGCACGAUGCGCUGUGAGAGUGAAUCGUUGCGCAGAAGGGUGCAGCAAGAGCUUCGUCGGACUGUCUGCAUGCCGCUGGAGUUGACGAUGACUGGAUCCAAGAGUCUGCGCCUUCUGCGGGAGUUGACCCACUACGUUGAGCAAGGGGCGGCAGCUGCAGCUGCGUCUGCACGGGCGAGAGCAACGCUUCCGGCGGCGCCAGUAGCUGGAAAAAGCGACGCGCGAGAUACGUCGUGUGGGCCGUCGUCGUGGUCAUCUUACCCUCUCGAUGCCUCGUGGCCAGAGCUGAAGAGCGCAGACAGUACUGCAUUUGUGCAGGCGUUCCGGCGAGCCGGGCUCGAGUCCCUUGUGCUGUACGACAAGAGCUUCUUCGCUGCCUCGUCGUCCUCUACGGAUAUCCAUGGCACCGGAUCCGCCGAGGUCUCCUUGGCCGCCUUCACCGCCCUGUGCGGCAGCAUUGAACUCGUCUCCGGGUGGUCCAGCUUGUUGCAGUUUGUGGACCGUGUGGCAUGCGAGCAGCGUGGUAUGGAACGCAAUACUGACGGCCACGAGUAG